GAGUUGGAAUUGACUUAACGGCAGCGGGUCAGAGUCGUUAGCUGAGGGCGUUUCCUUAUUUCUCACUCCCUGCAACUUGUGUGUUAAAUGCCCUGGGGUUCCAUGUGCUUCCUCUUCAGGGUGUUAGAAGUACCCCAUACACACACACCGGAUCUGAGGAGCUGGCAUCAGGACGGUCAGCUUGGGCCACCCAGCUGCCAGGAGAGCAUGUCGGACCUGGACUUGGAGAAGCUGGCUGAGAUUGAGCUGCAAAGAGAUGAGGAGGAGGCAGCCACACUGGACAUCCCAAGACGGCCCUUGGCGGCACCCACAAGUGGCGAGGACCUGGCGCUCAGCAUGAGGCACCCGUUCUAUGAUGUGGCCAGACACGGCAUCCUGCAGGUGGCAGGGGAAGACCACUUUGGAAGGAGAGUCAUCACGUUUAGCUGCUGCCGCCUGCCCCCUUCUCACGAGCUCAACCACAAGCAGCUACUGGAGUAUCUGAAGUACAUGCUGGACCAGUACGUGGAGAACGAUUACACCCUCAUCUACUUCCACUACGGGCUGAACAGCUGGAACAAGCCAUCCCUGGGCUGGCUCCAGAGUGCCUACAAGGAGUUUGACAGGAAGUACAAGAAAAACUUGAAGGCCCUCUACGUGGUGCACCCCACCAACUUCAUCAAGGUCCUGUGGAGCAUCUUCAAACCCCUCAUCAGCCACAAGUUUGGGAAAAAAAUCACCUAUUUCAACUACUUGGGUGACCUCCGGGAACACCUGAAAUAUGACCAGCUGAUCAUCCCCCCGGAGGUGGUCCGGUACGAUGAGAAGCUCCGGGACCUGCACAGGGGGAAGGCGCCCCCUCCAGCCAAGACGCCCCCACCGCGGCCGCCCCUGCCCACCCAGCAGUUUGGAGUCAGUCUGCAAUACCUCAAAGACAAAAAUAAAGGCGAACUCAUCCCUCCUGUGCUGAGGCUCACAGUGACGUACCUGAGAGAGAAAGGACUCCGCACUGAGGGUUUGUUCCGGAGAUCGGCCAGCAUGCUGACAGUCCGAGAGAUCCAGAGACUCUACAACCAAGGGAAGCCCGUGAAUUUUGACGACUAUGGGGAUAUCCACCUUCCUGCUGUGAUCCUGAAGACCUUCCUUCGAGAGCUGCCCCAGCCGCUGCUGACCUUCGAGGCCUAUGAGCAAGUCCUUGGGAUCACCAGUGUGGAAAGCAGCCUGCGAGUGACCCAUUGCCGCCAGAUCCUGAGCAGCCUCCCUGAGCAAAAUUACGCUGUUCUCAACUACCUCAUGGGCUUCCUGCAUGAGGUGUCCCAGGAAAGCAUCUUUAACAAAAUGAGCAGUUCCAGCCUGGCCUGUGUCUUCGGGCUGAACUUGACCUGGCCUUCCCAGGGGGCAUCCUCAGUGAGCGCCCUCGUGCCCCUGAACCUGUUCACAGAGCUGCUUAUUGAGUACUACGAGACCGUCUUCAGCACCCAGGAGGCAUCUGGGGGCCACGCGCCUGGGGGCCACACGCCUGGGGGCCAUGUGCCUGCCUCUGCCGAAGCCAAGUAGCCAGGCGACCCCUUCGCCCAAGGUUUUGCCAGAGAUGGACCAGCCUUGUCUCGGCUGUUGUGCCUCCACGUCCCCUGACCAUGGCCAGGAGACAUCUGUAGCACUGGGAAGGCCAUGUCAAAGUCCAUCUGUCUGUGUGUUCUUUGUAGGCUUUGCAAACUUGCUACCUGUGACUGUAACCAGGCAUUAAACAGACUCAGAAC